GGGGCCGCUGGGUCCGCGCGCUGUGGCGGCGGCCGGCGUGGAGGGACCCCGGACGGGCGCAGCUGAGGGAGUGCGGCGGAAAGUGGGCAGGGGUAGACGGCUGCGGCGGCGGCGGCGGCUGCGGCGGCGGCAGCGGCAGCGGCAGCCCCAGGGCUGCCCGCGGCCCGAGGUCCAGCGCAGGAAGGAAGGACCUAAUGACCUCAGUGCCUCCCUCCAUAGCGAUGUCGGAGCUCAGCGAUGAAGCCAGUGAGCCGGAGCUGCUGAACCGCAGCUUGUCCAUGUGGCAUGGGCUGGGUGCGCAGGUCAGCCGGGAGGAGCUAGCCGUCCCCUUGGAUCUUCACACAGCUGCUUCCAUUGGCCAGUAUGAAGUGGUGAAGGAAUGUGUGCAGCGGAGAGAGUUAGAUUUGAAUAAGAAGAAUGGUGGUGGCUGGACCCCGCUGAUGUAUGCCUCCUACAUUGGACACGAUACCAUCGUGCACCUGCUGCUCGAGGCGGGGGUGAGUGUGAAUGUGCCGACCCCGGAAGGGCAGACUCCGCUGAUGCUGGCUUCCAGCUGUGGCAACGAGAGCAUCGCCUAUUUCCUCCUCCAGCAAGGUGCUGAGCUAGAAAUGAAGGACAUUCAAGGCUGGACUGCCCUCUUCCAUUGCACCAGUGCUGGGCACCAGCAGAUGGUCAAGUUCCUUUUGGACAGUGGAGCGAACGCCAAUGUGAGGGAGCCCGUAUAUGGAUUCACUCCUUUGAUGGAAGCGGCUGCUGCUGGCCAUGAAAUAAUCGUGCAGUAUUUUCUGAAUCAUGGAGUCAAAGUGGACACAAGAGACCACAGUGGAGCCACAGCCCGGAUGCUGGCCAAGCAGUAUGGACACAUGAAGAUUGUGGGGCUGAUAGACGCUCACUCACCUUCUCUGCCUAAGAGCCUCUACCGGAGCCCAGAAAAAUACGAAGAUCUGAGCUCUUCAGAUGAAUCCUGCCCUGUCCCUCAGAGACAGAGGCCCUGUCGGAAGAAGGGCCUCAGCAUCCACGAGGGGCCGCGAGCCUUGGCCAGGCUCACAGCUAUUGGACUCGGAGGCAGGAUACAGCAGCCUUGCUAUGAACAGGUGCCUCCACGGGGCUACGUCACCUUCAACAGCAGCGAUGAGAAUCCCCUGGAAGAGGGGGGCCUCUGCUACAGGGACGUCACCUCCCCCAUCAAUGAGCGGGAUGUGGAGAGCAGCAGCAGCAGCAGCCGGGAAGAGCACGCCUUCUGUGCCCACCUCGGGGCCGCGCGGAGCAGCAGCAGCAGUGAGGGCCUGGCCCGGGCCCCGGAACUCAGCAGCGAGGCCUCCCUGGAGAGCAACGAGGAUUCGGAUCAUGCGCGGAAAAGCUCGGUUCGCAAACAAACUAAAAGCUACGUGAAGACCAAGAAUCGUUACAGCAGCAGCGACAGCCAGUGGCCUCCUGGCACCGGGACUUCCUGUGCCCCAAGAUUGAUCCCCCAGCCUGACAGGUCCCCCUACUCAGGACCCCAGGACCUCGCCACACUGCUGGAGCAGAUUGGCUGCCUCAAAUACCUGCAGGUGUUUGAGGAGCAGGACGUGGACCUCCGCAUCUUUUUGACCCUCACUGAGAGCGACCUGAAGGAAAUCGGCAUCACGUUGUUUGGGCCCAAGAGAAAGAUGACCUCUGCCAUCGCCCGCUGGCACAGCAGCGCCCGCCCCCCCAGUGAUGCCUUGGAGCUGGCCUACGCCGACCGGCUUGAAGCCGAGAUGCAGGAGCUUGCCAUCCAGCUGCACAAACGCUGUGAGGAGGUGGAGGCCAUGCGGGGCCUGGUGUCACAGGAACAGGAGCUGCGGGCCGUGGUGGAAAGCUGUCUCCUGGAACAGGACGGCGCCCGCAAGGACGUCCAUGCACAGUUGCAGGAGACCUGGGCCCUGGCCCGGGACGCUGCGCUUGUCCUGGACCAGCUGCAAGCCUGUCAAGCUGAGCUGUCCGCCCGAGUGCAGCAGGAUGAAUCCCCACUCGAGGCCAUGCUGGGCCCAGGCCUCCCCACAGCUGACUCCAAAGGCUGGCAGGCCGCCUUGCAGGCCCUGAGCCUCCCUCAGCUGUCGGGAGCCCUGGAGGAUCGAGUCCGGGAGAUGGGGCGAGUGCUGUGCUUAGUGACCCAGAGCCUGGAGAAGCUGCAAGUGCUGAACGGGAAGGAGAACUGGCGGGAGCCUUAGCCAGGGGGACGUCUUCCCUUUCCCUUCUCAGAAUCUGACGUGGGGUGACUGAUCCACCCUGAAGCUGUGUGCCCAGAGGACAGGAGGCCAGCGAGCGGGCAGCUGCAGUGGCCAGGGCCAGAGGAUCGGGCCCCAGGAGCAGCUGGCAGACAGGACGGGGCUGUGGCCGGUGCGAGGGCAGCAAGGCCCGCACUGAGGCAAGACGAGGGUCUGUUAUCCAGACCGGGAGUGGGGCCCAGAGCAGGCAGGGCCUUGGGGAGAGCGUGUCCCCACACACCACAGGCGCCACACUGAGGUUCGCCCAGACAGGUGAGGACUGGGGCGGGGUGCCUGGGCAGCAUAUGUCAUUUGCUGGAAAAUAAAAUUUAAGAUUGGCUGGU